AGACGUGGACAGAGAAGCCUAUCGAGAGGGCCUGGGGGAGGGAGGAGGCAGCAGGGCCGGAGUCCGCCCAAGACAUCUGGCACCAGUGACCUUGUGGGGAAAGGAGCCAAGAAUGGGGCGUCAGGGGGCCUGGGACCCCCCUGCCUGAGAGACACAGGAACCCUGGCCCCGUGUUGUGGACACAAGCGCCCAUCCUCAAGGUCUUGAGAACUCCUGAACUUCCAAAGUGCCAGCACUGAGGACACACCCUCAGGCCCCCUCCCUCCAUCUCUGAGGAAGAGGCAGCGGGAGCCACAGCUUCCUCCUCCCCCCUCCCUGCCGCCGCAGCUGAGCCGGGCCUGAGCUGCCGGCAGGUUGUCUUGGCAACGGGAGGCGGAGAGGAGAUGCGCGGAGGGAUGGAGGUGUAUGUCACCGAGGAGGCUGCUGCGCUCCUGCCCCACGCCCUGGGCCCUUGAAGCCUGGAGAGUCACCGCCGAGGGAUGAGGACGCGCCAGCCCGGGGGGACGCGCCGGCUGCUUUCGCGGCCCCAAGCGCGCAGCGCCCAGCAGCCGCGCGGAGCCUGACACGCUGUCCUCUCCCCUCGCGCACAGGGCUCUGCGAGUGACCUGGCCGGCGAGCUCCGUGCUGCAUGGAACGGCUGCAGAAGCAACCACUUACCUCCCCCGGGAGCGUGAGCCCCUCCCGAGAUUCCAGUGUGCCUGGCUCUCCCUCCAGCAUUGUGGCCAAGAUGGACAAUCAGGUGCUGGGCUACAAGGACCUGGCUGCCAUCCCCAAGGACAAGGCCAUCCUGGACAUCGAGCGGCCCGACCUCAUGAUCUAUGAGCCCCACUUCACUUAUUCCCUCCUGGAACAUGUGGAGCUGCCCCGCAGCCGGGAGCGCUCGCUGUCACCCAAAUCCACAUCCCCCCCACCAUCCCCGGAGGUGUGGGCGGACAGCCGGUCGCCUGGAAUCAUCUCUCAGGCUUCAGCCCCCAGAACCACUGGAACUCCCCGGACCAGCCUGCCCCAUUUCCACCACCCUGAGACCUCCCGCCCAGAUUCCAACAUCUACAAGAAGCCACCCAUCUAUAAGCAGAGAGAGUCUGUGGGAGGCAGCCCUCAGACCAAGCACCUCAUCGAGGAUCUCAUCAUCGAGUCAUCCAAGUUCCCUGCAGCCCAGCCCCCGGACCCCAACCAGCCAGCCAAAAUUGAAACUGACUACUGGCCGUGCCCCCCGUCUCUGGCUGUCGUGGAGACAGAAUGGAGGAAGCGGAAGGCGUCUCGGAGGAGAGCAGAGGAAGAGGAGGAGGAGGAAGAUGACGACUCUGGAGAGGAAAUGAAGGCUCUCAGGGAGCGUCAGAGAGAGGAACUCAGUAAGGUUACUUCCAACUUGGGAAAGAUGAUCUUGAAAGAAGAGAUGGAAAAGUCAUUGCCAAUCCGAAGGAAAACCCGCUCCCUGCCUGACCGGACACCCUUCCAUACCUCCUUGCACCAGGGAACGUCUAAAUCUUCCUCUCUCCCCGCCUACGGCAGGACCACCCUGAGCCGGUUACAGUCCACAGAGUUCAGCCCAUCGGGGAGUGAGACUGGAAGCCCAGGCCUGCAGAACGGAGAGGGCCAGAGGGGGAGGAUGGACCGGGGGAACUCCCUGCCCUGUGUGCUGGAGCAGAAGAUCUAUCCCUACGAAAUGCUAGUGGUGACCAACAAGGGGCGAACCAAGCUGCCACCAGGGGUGGAUCGGAUGCGGCUUGAGAGGCAUCUGUCUGCCGAGGACUUCUCAAGGGUAUUUGCCAUGUCCCCCGAAGAGUUUGGCAAGCUGGCUCUGUGGAAGCGGAAUGAGCUCAAGAAGAAGGCCUCUCUGUUCUGAUGGCCCCCACCUGCUCCGGGACGGCCCCCUUGCCCCUGCUGCUUCAGGGCUCUUCCCCGGCGGGUUGGGAGGGGCAGGAGGUGGCGUGGAAGUAGGGUGGGCUCCUUUCCUCAGGUAGAGGGGGGGCCAAGACCUCUGCAAUCCCGGGCAGUGAGCUACGGACUUUCUUCCCCCUCACAAGCCUGGGGCCCUCCUGCUCUCGUCCCUGACCCUCCCUGCACAGGGCAAAGCCAGUCGGGGUUCCGGCACACAGAGUUCAUGUUUGCACCAUCUCCCCGCCCCUCACCCCAGAGGGUGAGGAGGAAUGAGGGGCAUUGGUGGUUAGGCCUGUUGGCUGUCUUGAACAGCUGGAGGGAAGAUGCAGGGGUGGGAAGCGGCCAGGCAGAAAGAGCUCCAGGCUCUCGUGUCGCCCACCCAUCCCUCCCACACUCACUCCUGACAGCUUUCCCGCACUGCAGCCUCCUGCUCCUCUGAUUCUAGUGGGAACAGGCCCCAGCUCAGCCUCCGGCAGGGAGGUCGCCUCCCAAUUUCAGCUUGCCCUGACCUCUGCUCGCAACCCCCGAGCUUCAAAGCCUCUUGCUCCAGCCCUGCGGCUUCCCCAGAAGCCUGGGCUGAGGGUGGAGAUGCCGCCUACACAUGACCCUGGCCCUCCACCUGCCUCCGGGCCACGAAAUGGGAAUUCCAGCACCAAGCCAGGCACCGGGCAGAAGCUGGGCCUUCCGCCUCCCUUGGAUGGGGUCAAGAGGCCAGGCCUGGCACAUUUUGGAGUGUCCUGGCUACCAGCUCUCACCCACACCCACGCACCCCCCACACACUAUGCUCUCUCAAGAAUGUAAUUUAUUGGGGCCCCCCCAGCUGCUUUCCUCACCUGCCCCUGCCCUACCUUACACCCCCAGCUUGACUUCUUUCCAGUCCACGUGUGUAUAUAAUGAUAUCUAUAUUUUUGCCCAGGUCUGGGUAUUGCUUCUGCCCAGACCCUGACAUCCCUUUCCACUGUGUGUGUGACCAUGCUGGGGGAGGGGACUCUGCUUGGAAUUAAAAGGUCGCAUUGGGUCCCUA